UCGAUACCAAUAUGGCGGACGAGGAUGAAAAUGAGUCGACUGUAUUUGAAAUUACUGAUUUCACGGCCGCGUCAGAAUGGGAAAGGUUUGUCUCACAAAUUGAAGAAAUUCUGCACAAAUGGAAAGUUGACAACAGCAAUAAGAAGCCAUCCUUUCUCCAGCGUGUCCGGAACUUCUCUUCAUCUUCAAACAAAGAGGGGAAAUCAGGAAACCUGAAGCCAAUCCCAAAGAAGAUUACAUCCGAGUCGAAACAAUCAAACUGGGAGACAUUAUCAGAGAGUGUUCAUUUCUCAGACUUUUGUUUUGAUAUCACAUACCAUUCCACAGCUUCGAAGAAUGAACGUCAUGAAGAAAACUCUGGAUUUGAAGAUGGCCUUCCUUAUGCAGUGUUGGACAUGUUCAAUAUGGAUUAUGAUUUUCCACCACGUGUUCAUUGCCUUAGUCGAUGGUAUGGCUUAAAGGAGUUUAUAGUUUUAUCACCAUCUGUAGAAAAUGCCGCCAUCACAAGUGAAUCAAGAUAUCAUUUACUCCUCAGUUCUGUGUCAAUGGCCUUAUCUAAUUCCAAAUGUUAUAUUCCAUUACUGGUUCAAUUACACCACAAAUGGAGACGAUUGUACAGCGGGCUCUGUCUUGGUGGCGGUUUUCGAACUUGCUUCGAAAUGUCACAUUUACGUCAUAUUCCAACACAAUUUAAUCAUCUGAAAGGCUUGCUUGAUGUGUUCAAAGACAAGUUGUCCCUUCGCGGUACAAGUUCACCAGCGGUUACAAUAACUGUAAGGUUUACAUAUUUCCUGAAUGAUUGGAGUGAUACUGUUUGGCCCCAAGCCCCACCUGACGUGGACUCAUGUCUUGGAGAUGAAGUGGGAUUGUCAGAUAUGGCUACGCUUCCUUUUGGUGCCGUGCAGGAUGCUGUCAGCGAACUACAUUUAUCUGUGACUUGGCCGUGUUUAUAUGAAGAUAUCAUCGUUGACAAUGGGAUCUAUUCUGAUUUAGAUCCUCUACAAGCCCCACAAUGGCAUGUGAGAGUCAGGAUGAAUGACGAUGCUAAUUGUCUUUUAGGUGGAUAUCUUGAUCGUUAUUUGAGUCUUUGUUAUCGAAAGGAAGCCACCUCGUCACUGAAAGAUGAUUUGUAUGACGACAGUGAUGACAAAAACAAAGACUUCGCCAAUGCAUUUCAGAAACUUACCAAACCUGUUUUAUCUUCAAACAUAAGAUCUGCUGUUACAAAGGCAACCUCGAAGAUCACUGGUUCUUCCAGUGAUGAGUCGCCUAUACCAGCCGAACUUCUUAACUCUAUAUUAAAGCACUUGUUUCCUGACGCUGAAUUACAUCCAAAUGACAUUGAUAUAAAACAAGAGACAUUACUGAAAUCAAAUAUUUAUGCAACAAAGGAUAUUCCCAGCGAUAAAUUUCGUGGCCUGAAAAGCGCUCCUAAAGAAAGUCUAACUUACUCCUUGGCAAUUUGUCUUUGUAUUGUGAACCACAGCUAUGGAGGUCUGCGAGCCGUUGCUCGUCUUUGGCAAGAAUUUGUGUUGGAGAUGAGAUAUCGCUGGGAUCGUGGAAUAUUAAUAUCACGGCUUGAGCUGGAAGCACCCAAUCUGGACUGCAGUUUAAUUCAUCAAAAGUUACAGAUGUUGAACUGUUGCAUCGCUCGCAAGUGUUUAUCCAAGCGAAGCCAGACUAGCAUAAAUGACGAAAUGUCCGAGAAACAUUUUAAACCAAACGACGGAAAUCGACCAGCAAGUGCAAGGUCCAAACAUUCUCACCCUGAUGAUGACAGUAGCGAAGAUGAAUUUUUCGAAGCAUUAGAAAACCAAGAUGAUUCUGAUGAUUCUGGAGAGGACGAAGAGGGAAAUUUGAAGACAGUACAGAGUAAUACCAGACGAGAAGGGGCAUUAAAACGAUGUGGAGAUCUUAGGCUACUAAUAUCUGGAGAACCUUUAUAUAUACCUGUAACACAGGAACCUGCCCCAAUGACAGAAGACAUGUUACAGGCACAUGCUGAUGUUCUCACGCAACUCGGAACAACUGAGGAAGGUGCAAGAAUUCGAGCUCAAAUGCAAAGUGCUUGCCUGCUGUCCGACAUGGAGGCAUUUAAGGCAGCCAAUCCAGGGUGUUUGUUAGAAGAUUUUGUCCGGUGGUAUUCUCCGAAUGAUUGGAUACAAGGCGAAGAGACUCAGGACGAGAUUGAAUAUCGGAGGAAAAUGGAAGGCGACCAAAGGCAACAAGCAGAGGAAGAGCAACAAGAUGGAGAAGACUGGGGUACAAAUGACGACGAAAUCACGGAGGAAGAAUUGAGUGAAGCCCUCUCUGAAGAUGAUAAGCAAAAUGAAAAAUUACCUAGGCAAACAACCUCAAAGAAUUGGUGUGAAGAGGGAAGAUUGAGUCUACGCAUGCGUGUACAAGGCAACAUCUGGGAAGAUAAUUGGCGGAAUGCGAGACCAUGUCCCGUCCGACGACAAAAACGUCUUUUUGACGAAACUAAGGAAGCUGAGAAGGUUUUUCAUUAUCUGUCUGGAUUACGACCAGCUGAAGUUGCAACAGAGCUUAUCUCUUCUUUACUUCAAGCAUCAAUAAGGCGCAUAGAAAAAGAAGGCGAUAGUGUUCAUUCAAGUGCUGUUAUUGAUCGUGUUAUAAAAAAAGCAAGUCGAAUAUUUGACACAUCACAGGAACAGCUUGCUGUAUACGAGAAUCUCUUCGAGAAACUUCGUCGUAUUGAAAUAAAGAUUGCACAGGCGCAGUCAUUGAAGUUCAAACUUCAGAGAUCUGAAGUUGACCAUAAGUCAGAUAUCGAUACUGAAGCAUUCAUUGCGUCAUUACUGGAGAAGCCCGAAGUGAACGUAGUUGGAGCUAGCCGUGGACCCAUGGGCCAUGUAAUCAAGAAUCUAUUCUCCAAACAAGAGAUAUUGCGAGAACAAGAGCAAGAUUAUGACAAUCAUGAAAUUAGCAAGGCACCAACUUCUAACCAGUCAAAACCGUUUCCAGCACCGGCUGGUCGAGAGUUUGUUUUACGAACAAUUACAAAUUAUCCAGGCAGGAACUCAAGGGAAUGCCCUCAACGUAUGUACUGUGUUCUUGCUGGAGAAGAAUUUCGCCUGGCUGCAGCAUUUACAUCUGACACUACAUUCACGUGACAUGAUGCCAUUUCAUUUGUUCCCAUCACAUUAGUUCACUUGACCUUUAAAAGCGCAAGUGUAAACCUGAUGGUAUGUCACCUCAUUCAAAAGUCGAGGUGGUCACCACCGAUCUGAAAUAUGACUCAGUGUAUACAAUAUACAAAUAUAAUAUAAAUAUGAAUAAUAAUUGAAUUAGUGAAUUC